CAGCGGCGCCAGGUGCGCGGGCGGACCCGGAGCGUAGCCUGCGCGGUUUGCAGCCACACUGCUUUCGAGGUACGGUCUUCGCGAAGAGUCGCAGGGAAAAAACCUUCCGGCAAGCGCCCCAGCGUUUUUAGCAGGAUUGAAAUGUGUCUGUCUUUUGUGUGACUCUUCAAACUUUACCUGCCAAACUGAAGGAGCAUGCUGGGCUUCAGUUAUGCUGACCAAUGGAAAAGAACAAGUGAUCAAGUCCUGUGUCUCUCUCCCAGAACUGAAUGCUCAAGUCUUCUGUCAUAGUUCCAACAAUGUUACCAAAACAGAAUGCUGCUUCACAGACUUUUGCAACAACAUAACACUGCACCUUCCCACAGCCUCCCCAGACGCCCCGGGGCUCGGGCCCGUGCAGCUGGCGGCCGCCGUCUCGGUGCCGGGGGCCCUGCUGGCGGCCGCCGCCCUGACCCUGUGCGCCCGCCGGGGGCGCCGCUGCGGCCGCAGGAAGAGGAGGCGCCGGAACGUGGAGGAGGCGGUCCCCGAGCGCGCCCUCGUCGGCGCCGGCAAGACCCUGCAAGACCUCAUCUGCGACGUGGCGGCCUCUGGAUCCGGCUCCGGUCUACCUCUGUUGGUUCAAAGAACAAUUGCAAGGACGAUUGUGCUUCAGGAGAUAGUAGGAAAAGGUAGAUUUGGUGAGGUCUGGCAUGGAAGAUGGUGUGGGGAAGAUGUGGCUGUAAAGAUAUUCUCCUCCAGAGAUGAAAGAUCUUGGUUUCGUGAGGCAGAGAUUUACCAGACGGUUAUGCUGAGACACGAAAACAUACUUGGCUUCAUUGCUGCUGACAACAAAGAUAACGGAACUUGGACUCAACUUUGGCUUGUCUCCGAAUAUCACGAGCUGGGCUCUUUAUAUGACUAUUUGAAUAGAAACAUAGUGACAGUGGCUGGCAUGAUCAAACUGGCACUUUCAAUAGCUAGUGGUCUGGCCCACCUACAUAUGGAGAUUGUUGGGACACAAGGUAAACCUGCUAUUGCUCAUCGAGAUAUAAAAUCAAAGAAUAUCUUAGUGAAAAAAUGUGAAACUUGUGCCAUAGCAGACUUAGGGUUGGCUGUGAAGCAUGAUUCACUACUGAACACGAUAGAUAUACCUCAGAAUCCUAAAGUGGGAACCAAAAGGUAUAUGGCUCCUGAAAUGCUUGACGAUACAAUGAAUGUGAAUAUCUUUGAGUCCUUCAAACGAGCUGACAUCUAUUCUGUUGGUCUGGUUUACUGGGAAAUAGCCCGAAGGUGUUCAGUUGGAGGAAUUGUUGAGGAGUACCAGUUGCCUUAUUAUGACAUGGUGCCUUCAGAUCCCUCAAUAGAAGAAAUGAGGAAAGUUGUUUGUGACCAGAAAUUUCGACCAAGUAUCCCAAACCAGUGGCAAAGCUGUGAAGCACUCCGAGUCAUGGGGAGAAUAAUGAGAGAGUGUUGGUAUGCCAAUGGGGCAGCCCGCCUAACGGCCCUUCGUAUUAAGAAGACGAUCUCUCAACUUUGUGUCAAAGAAGACUGCAAAGCCUAAUGAUGAUAAUUGUGUUAAAAAGAAAUCUCUCACAGCUCUUUUUUUCUCAUUUUCCCUCUUUCUGUGAAUGUAUUUCUCCUUUUUGUUGUUGUUGUUCUACCUCAAAUAUAAUGCAGUACAGUAUUUAAGAGCCCAGAGGCAACAUGGAAAAAAUAACUCUAAAGUCAAGCACGGGCCAGAAUUGACUUCAUCUCCAUGUUGUCUUUAAUUUUAUUUUGAAAAGCAGCACGUCAAUUCAUCUUUUUAUUUAACAUGAAAGAUAUUACAAAAAUGUAAAAUAAGCUAGACAAAAAUAAUACAAGUCAUUAAGGUUUUAUUUUACUUGAAUCAAGAGCACAUGAAUGAAGAAAAAGAAAUGUAAAAGCAUUUUUUUGAGAUGAAAACAUAUUCAUUAAAAAUGUGAACUAGAACAUGUUAUAUCUCAGCAGAAUUUUAGAUUGCAUAAUCUGUGGUUUUCUUUUUCUUUAUUUUAAUUAAGAAGGAUCUUUGAAAAAACUACAUAUUUCUCUGAACUCUAGUGUCUAAAACAUUUGAAAGGGGAGGUGUUCAGUUGACAGAUGGAAGUGAGGUCAAAGUAGCCAGAAACUGCCUCCCCUCUUCCUGCUGCCCUGCUCUUCAUAAAUCGACUACCACAGCAGCCCCUGAAGCAGUAUGAAAGCCAUACAGUUGUUACUCUCUCUCAUUUACAAAUGAGAUAUCUGACAGCUUGAGACAUUGAGAAAUCCCGAAAGUCACAUAGUUAGUGGUGGAGCUGGCACUAGGUCCAAAUCUUGUGAUAAUCCACACUGUAGACUUAGCUAGCUUCCUACUUUCCCUUUAAUUCCCCUACAGUACUUUUCUGCCUAUGCAGAAACAAGUCUUUCGUGAUGGUAUUUGUGAUUUAGUCAAACAGAAGACAAAUUGGGUCAUUCUGCACAGUCAUAAUGGACCUGCGUGAAUUCUGAGGACAAUAUCCAUUGACAUUUUCCUCAUAGAAAUUUCAUAGUCUGCCUAUUUGUUAGAUAAACAAAAUAUUUUCUGAAUUCUUCCAGAGAUUAAUCAGGCAUAAAGAUUCAUUGUUAGAAGAGAUCUUUAAGACUUUUUUCAGAGGUCCCCACUACUUUUGUACAUACACACUUAGAAAGAAUAGGAGGAGGAGGAAAGUAGGAAAUAUUCUGAGAAAAAAUAUGAAAACUCUUUCAGUAACUAGAAGUAGUUAUUUCCCUCCUCUUUCAAAAUGAGCAAGUAGAGGCAAAAGAAGGCUCCUGACACUUUAGCCUUUAUUCUACUUUCUGUGGGGACAGAAGUGAUGAAUUCUGAAUAAUACAUGGAACAUUGAAUAUUUCAUUCAAAUCUAUAAUUCUGCUUUGGUAAAGGAGAUUUAACAUGGUAUCUUUUGUUGUUCUAAAACAUUAUUUCCUAAGCUCUGUUCCUUGGUACAUUCUUCUGUUGAGAUGUUCCAAGACUGAAAGCGUUCUUUGAUAGAUUCUUAGAAAGUGAUAGUACACAUUAGCAUAUCAUGUGCUUUGAGGAAUCUAGCAGUAAAGAAAUGUUACUUGAAUAUCUUUGAAUUAAAUUUCCCAAGUUAUUUGACCAUAGAACUUUUUUAUGAAGAGAGGGGAAACCUUUUUACUAUCCCACAUUUUAGUGUUCUACACACCAUAACUUGAGUAACAGUGUUUGAAAGGAUAUAUCUAUGUAUUUUCAUGCAGAGCACAAUCUAGUGAUUAUAGUUCAUUUUGCCAUGGGAUCUGUUACUGAAUCCAUCUUCAUUUGACUGGGAUGAGAUAUCGAAGGCAAAUAUCUGACAGCUGUGGUACUCUCACUCAUGCAGUUAUCCAUUCAUUAAAUAAGAUAGGGGACCCCAUUUCUUCAUUGCCACAGUAUUGGGGCCAAUAGAGAAAAGUGGAUGGGAUCUGCCCUCAGGGAUUUUAAAGACUAAUUUGGAAAUGGGAACAGGGAUGUAGGUGUCAGGUUGGCGGAAGGAAAUAAAUACAAAGUAGGAAGUACAAAGUAGGAAGUCUUGAGUUCCCUACAACAGUGGGUUCCAGAAAUUAUUUUCAAUUUGCAAAACAUUUAGAAAGUGUCUUUAUUUGGCUAUUGCAGACAAUCCAAAUUAUGUAAUCAGUUUUUUAAAUUGCGUAUAUGAAGGGAUUUUAAAAAGAACUUACGUGAAGGAGUAAUCUUGCUUGUGCUUAAUACCUUGAUUUCUCAUAGAUUGUUUUUGAAUAUAUGAGAAUAAAAUUAUUUAUUUACUGUGGUUGUACUAUAGUUAUAUGGUUGUUCAAAUAAACGAGAAUAGUAUUUUCUGCUUUAUUCACUUGUGUUGGGUGAAUAUACUCAUUUAAUUUCUGAGAGAAUGUUUUAACAUCUCCAUUUUCCUUGAUACUAUGUUUUAUAAUUUAUUUGGGUGUGUCCAAAUAGAACUCCAUAUUUUUGUUGGUUCAGCUUCUACUCUAGAGAAAUCUGUACAUUUUGAGAUGUUUUUUUCUUGGUUUUGUCUUAGUUUACUAUAGCUUCUGACUGACUAGUCUUACAUCUUAAUUACCAAACACACUUCUUAAGAAAUAGUUUAACAAAAAUGGUAAAAAAAAAAAAAUUAAAAGCUCUAAUUUUCCUUAAUCCUCUACAUGAUUACAAAUGGAAAAUGCUCACUUAAAAAAGCAGGAUAAAGUUUAGAGCAUAAAACAAAUUUAUUGUAUAUACCUAGGCUGUUAAAGUAUGUAUUAUUUGUUUUUGAUGGGGUGUCAUCGUAUAAUAUUUAUUUCUUUUGAAUUGUGUUAUAAGAAAAAAAAUAUUCUUCUUAGGCUCAAUGUGUCAGUGUUCUUUGCUCCUUUCAAAUAUUUUGACUUUGAGUAUAAUAUGAACCUUGGGAAAAUGCUAUUUAUGAAAUGUUGGUACUGUAUAAAGUGGUGAUGGGGUUUCUAUGCAGCAUCACUUCCUUAAAAUAAGGGAAACAUUAUUUGUUGUCAAUAUUAAGCAUGAACUUGUUGCCUUUAAGCUACGCAUUUAAGUGUGUAAUUGUACAGAUUCUGUUGUGUGCUUUCUUCUAUGUCUAAAAUAUUUGGCAUGUCACAUCUAGAAUUCUUAAUUUAUGUUCUGACUUGAAAGUUAAGUGAAACAUGACUGUGUCGUGCACUAUUUUAGGCAUAGCACUUGCUUUUCAUCUUUAUACUUUCAAUUAACUUUGCAUUUUAAAUUUCCAUGAUUGUAUGAAAAUAGUAACCUGGUUGCAGUGUCUGAAGACUUCAAAAUCAGCUUUUAUUUUAAAAUGAAGAUCUACGAUAGAUUCAUUAGGUUAUGAGUUCCAUAAGAAUUUAUUAUUCUUAAUACUUCUACUAUAGUAGAAUUAUUAAACAAAACUACUGUGAUGGAAUUUUGCCACCAUGUGACUUACUGGGGCAGAGAAUACUCAGGGCUGUCUUAGAGUUUACGCAAAAAUACCAGGGAACCUGCUGAGCAAGUUAUCUGAAAGCAGGGAGCCCACGUUUGCCAUUACAUGAAAUUCAACUUAAAAUUGCUUAGGAGGGGAUAUGUUUUGAUUAUUUAUUUAAAAUAAAUAUGGAGAUUUUUUUUUGUUUUAAUAAAUUCAUUUAAAGUUUGGACAUUUUAUUUCCCAUCAGGAAAUUGAGAAAGUAACAGUAGCAAAUGAGUCAAGUUGAUGGCGCUCAAUGCCUUCAAUAAGCAUCCCUCUAAAUAAAUUUACAAAUACAGCAUUUUAGGUUACUUGGAAAUAUUUAAGAAUUCAUAUCUUAAAAUGGUGUCAUGGUUUUUGAAGAUAUUUUAAAUAUCCUCUCCAUGUGAAACGUGUCCCUUCUAUGUUUGACGCUGUUCUGUAUUGGCUCGCUCCCUAAGGUAAUGCCUACAGGGACUUUAUGCACUAUUUAGUGAACACAGUCAUCCCUUUGCUUCUGGUGGCUUCUUCUAAACAGAAGGAAAAAAUGUUGGUUGGAAUACAAAAGUUUCGUUAAAAAUGUUAAUAUUAAAUAGAAUUUCCAUAAUAGGCAGCUUUUCAAAGUGUUUCAAUGCAAAUUUUCCAAUAUUUGACACUCCCUUUUCUCUCUAGCUUUGCUUUUAUGUUUAUUUUUUCGCCUCCUUUUAAAAAAUUCCCUACUGUCUUCCAAAAUUAUAUUUAGUCCCAAUUGUAAAAAGCAACUAUAUUAUUUAACUUAAUCUAAUAUUUUGCCUUCCAAUGAAAAAGAAUUCCUUGGUUGUCCUAAGUUAUUUAAUAUGUGUCACAGACAAUAACAAAAACCAGAACUCGGAAAUUGUUAAGGAUGUAAGAGAUUUUAUAAUUCAACUCCCAAAUCGUAUAGAUGGUGAAACCAAGGAUCAAAGAUUAAAGUCACUCAUUAUUAGCAAAAAUGAUGACACCCACCACAGGGCUCUACCACAUUUGCUAAUUAAAAAAUAAUUAGCAUGCAUUGAGACCUACCUGGAAUGUAUACUGAUAGAAUGCACCGUUUAAUGGUGUUGAUCAAAUCUCACUUCUCUUUUUUUUUUUUUUUUCUGCUAAAAUAAUUUGCUCACUCAUGGUGGAGUCAGUGAGAAAAACUACAACAGACCAGGGAAAAGUCGUAAAAUAGUUGUCAUGUUAGGUAGGCAACCACUAAAGUGCUGAAUGAAAUUUAGGAAUUGUGAGAAUGUAGAAUUUCUUUGUGCAAGUGGCAAGUAAUGAUGAGACACCUCAUGCCUCUUGUUCCUCCUUUCUGUAAGGAUUGUUCUUUUUAUGCCUGGGAAUGGGAGCGAGAGAUGAUAGGUAGUUGAAUCUCAGACCAUGGCUAGUAGCAUAUUGUCUUCUCUCGUCUCAGUUUCUCAUUACCUUAUGUUCUGCUUUUCUUCUGUAAUUCCUGUUCUUUUAGUCUUCUAGCCCAUGUUCAGGUUGCUCCACACUGAACUUCCUGGCAAGAUUUUAGUUUGCCAUGCCCACAUGUGAGAGGUCUUGUCUCCUGCCUUUUCCAGUGAUUUUUCAUUUGGCACAAUGAAAAGAGUAUUUCUUAAAGGCAGAGAAGAUUUUCUUUUACAUUUUAAAAAGACUACCAGUUAGUUACAUUCUAGCUUUUAGCUAACAUGUAAGGAAUGUCUACUUUUGCCUUAAUGCCAAAUUCUUCUUCAGAGAUGAUGACUUGGACAGAGAAUGUGAAAUCCAAGUCUCAUAAUGUGAUUGCUAAAUUUAUUUCUGCUGUUUCAUACAAUUGCUUUGUUUUGCAUCGGCCAUCUUUUAGAAUUAAGCUGUUAUGGCAUAUGGUUUGUAACAUAAGAUUGUAUUGAAAUUAAGUAAUAGUUCCCAUUUUUAAAAUCCCUCUGUUAAGAACUUCCAGGGUACUUCUUAAUUCAGUUGUAGAUUAACACAACAUUUGGGAGAAUAUGCACACUGUCUCAUUCUAGAUUUUAAUAUAUUCAGAUAGGACUAUAUUUUCUCAUCACUGGUCCAUGUUAUUGUACAAGAAGAAUUUCUCUGCAGAUCUAACGGUUUUAAUAUCUUUACACUGGGGCACGUGAACCUGAAUGUUAAUAGAGCCACAGAGCCCGAAUGUAUUAGGAAAUGAGCUUUAUAUUGAGUGUCACCAGAUCCAGCUGGGUAUAUUGUACUUUACACAAGUACUCUCCCCUGAGGGGCAGAUAGGAGCUGAAAUCUAACCCGCAAUUGGCUCCUCCAAUUCAAAUAUUUUUAUAUUUUUCAGAAAUGCACCUUAUGUGCAGAAAAAGGGUCCUGCUUGUACAACCUCAGAAAAUGAGAAUUAAACUUUCAAAAUGCUUCUUGACAUCUGCAAAUUGACUAGAGAACUUUGGUGGGAAAUUCUUUAGAUCUUCAUCCUAGCAUUUCCAAGACAGGAAAAAGAGAUUGUGUGUUUAUUCUGUCGAUUUAAUUUUUCAGCCCCGACAAUCUGCAGCAAGACACAUGGGCCCACAUUUAAUAUCUCCGUUGAGUUGUCUUUCCAUGUGUAAGCCUGUUCAUCGGCUUUGCCUGUAAAGAGGCAACUACAUGCCUACAUUCUAACUAAUGCAAGGAUAAGAUGAGAUUUUCUAGUAUCUCCAUUUCCUUAAAUAGGCUGAAGACAAGUAAUUAAAUACUUUCCAAAAGUCUAACUCUUUUUUCUAUUUAUAUAAAGGAUGUCUGACCCAAAAUAUUAACUUCUAGUUUCCACAAUGACUAGUGUCAAGCUCUUGUACUCAUCUGAACCUAGACUGGAGAAAAUUAUUCAAACUUAAUCUGUAUUUCAGGUUUUAAAAUGUCCUAAAUCAGAAAAUUAGAUUCAUAUCUCAAAAAAAAUUUUUGGAUUGACUUUCAAAGUACUAAUAUUAAUUAUACUUUUCUUUUGGUAGUGUGACUUUUCUUAUACCUAAGAACAUAUUACAAAUGUCAAAACCACUGCAUUUUGACAUCGCAAAACAUGCCUUGAACUCUUGAACUACUGUGAAAAGAAUCACUGGUGUAAAGACUUAUUGUAAGCUGGCUGAUAUUCAUAGGUAUGUAGCAAGAUAUUACUCUUGAACGGGCAGGCUCAAAUGAAUGUAUAUAAAGAAUAUGAAGAAAUAAACUAGGUUUUAAAUAAGAACUGGGCAAUAAAUAGUAUAAAAAAAUGCAGAUGGAAAUUUCUGUAGUUACAAUUUUAAUUGUUGAAACUGAAAAGAAUUCCAAAUUCCAAAGAGAAAUGAAUGAUACUCAGAUGUUUCAUUAACUUCUAGUCUAUGGAAAUAUGCAUUUUGUAGUAACACGUAUACUUAUUUUCUUUAGAAAUAAUAGUAUUUUAAAAUUUAGUAAGAACUCAGUGAUAGCCUUCAUACCAAAAUGUUUAACUUUACCAACAGCAAGUCAGAAAAGUAUUUAUUUUAAAGCUUUUUAAAUAUUAUUGCAUAACUUUCAGCUGCCUCCAAUGUAAAGACUUAUCAGCCUAAAUGUUAUAUUUUUAUGUAUGCAUUUCUGAAAAUGUAUUGUUUUGUAAAGUGGCCAAGUUAAUAAAUCAAUCACUCCUUGCACUUGUUUCUGUGAAGCAUAUAGAGCUCUAUUUUAAAUAAAAAGAAAAUGUGUCCUA